UAUACACUCAAGAUGUAGUUCUCAAAUUAGAAGGCAAAAAAUGACCAAACUCUGUGCAUGUGGCAAAUAUUUUUGCCGACCUUUUUCUACGCCGACUUAUUUUUACCGAUAGGUUUUAGCAUGAAACGUUUAUUUAACGGAUGCGAGUUUAUUGAAUUUUCCGGCUCAUUUGAGCACGCGUCCAAUAUUUAUUUACGGUAUUUUACAACAUCAGGUUAUAACAAGCAACCUGGAAAUCUUAGAAAUCCAGGAAUUACAUUGAAUAUUAUAUGACAUAGGCUCUCUAUUUUAAAUUCUUUCUAUUAGAAUUUUGGGUAAUGUUUUCCUGAAAGAUAGAUGUGCAAUUUUACAUGCGUAGAACGUCAAGUUUUGUCAGGGUGUUGAAAAAUUGUCGCUCAGACGUCGAAAGAAGACUGACGCUAUCCUAAAUGAAGCCAUGACAUUGCGGCUUUAUCAGUGGAAAAAAAUUAUUUUAUGUUAGACCUUUUCUCGUUUUCUCUUGAAUCAAAUAUCCAUUGAAAGUCUUUACACAUGACUAGCGAAGUAAGCCGAAUAUAUGGUCCGCAUCGUGAAGUUACAUGGCAACGUUACAAAGAGGCCUGCACAAAGGACAGUGUAAGAGAAGCGUUAAACAAUGGUGAGUAUGGAGGUGACAAAGAGUUGGUUUGGAUCACAUCAACGAAAGAAUCUUAUCAAGGCAAAACGAAAAAAGUUGAUGUUGUUGAGAACAACCAAUCAAGAGAUGCAACAAACUUUAUGUUGGGAUUUGACAAGCCAAAUUAUCUAACAACCAAUCAGGACUACAAACAGCAUCCGGGGGUUAAAACAAUUAAUUAUCAACAAACUGACCAUACCACUCACAUUGCUGACUUCUCUCCGAAAUACAGUGAUAAACAUAGUUCACUAGAUCCAUCUGAGUAUCAACUUAGUUUCCAAGCCUAUGCAAUAGAGCAACGCCCAGUGCCGAAAAGCUUGAAGGAAAGACGCAAACACACAAAUGAUUUGAGGGAAACGCACUUUACGUUGGGCGAUAGCAGCUGUCCCAAGACAUCCGAAACAAAACAUUCUUUCGGCGAGAUAACAAGUGCUGUUCCCGUUUUUGAAAUACAAAAGUCAAACGCUUUGGAAACGUAUGCGUCAAAAGUAUUCAGAUCCGGUGAUUGGAACCAUACCGACAGAAGUCUGGUAAAGGCUGGAGUAACGCAUCAAGAUUUUCAUCCGCAUCACUUACACGAACAAAAAGAGACAUUGCCUAAUACAUUAAACCAUCGUGGCACACACUUUAAUCUGGGAAGUGCUUCGGAUAAAAAUAACUCUGUAUACCAAAAAGAUUUUACGCUUUCAACAGAAAGAAAAACAACAAAGCCAUCUUUUGAAGGCACACCACCUCCUGCUAAACUUCUCGCAAGCGAUUACAGCACAGCUUUUGUUACGACACAGCAGGAUUUUUAUAGGGAUAGACAACUGGAUGCUUUAGAGUUGCGAAAACAAAGGCAACUCGCUGUGGAAAAAGUGAGACAACGUCAUCAACAAAAAGCUGUGCCCUUAUCACCGCAACAUAGAGGAAGUUUAGUAUCUACAUCCGAAAAGGCAAUAUCGAUGACUGCGUCGGAUUUCCCUAAACAUUUAGUUCAGCUAGAUGACUCGAAAAUGCCAAUUAUUUCCGUUUACAACCAUCUGAGUAGCAACAAUGAAAACAACACUAAUAUUUCAGAAGCAAAAGCUUGCUUCACGCCACAUAAGAAUGUGUCUACAGCAUUGCGUGACGAGUGUCAAACGAGAAGACGGGAUAAUAAAUCAACACAUUUUUUGUUUGGUACGGAUAGCAUACACGAGAAUCAGUCGGAACAGUGUUCACAAUAUCGUGUACCUUUGCCUGUUGAUCCGACAUUACAAGCUGCCGGUAAGGGUUUACCGCAGGGAAAAAUAUAUUCACACGUGUAUCCAUGCCUACAGGCACUAGAGGUGGAAAACAGAAGAAAAGGCUAUGCGUCUAAAUUAGAGAGUGAAAGCAUGCGCUGUGAAAAGCUUCCUUCGUCCGUAAUGAAGCAAGAUUUCAAAGAUUUACAACUUCACACACCUAAGCUAACAAAUGAACAUGUGUCACCACCACUGGUCAAUAGCCACUAUUUUCACAUGGACCAUCAAUUUUCAGGAACGCAAAUGUCAACAACUCAGAUGGAUUUUAAAGCACCAGAUAUGCAUUUUGAUUACCUGUCCGAUCAAAAUACACUGCAUUUGUAACUAGUAUCACACCAAAAUAAACAACUUUUUGUGAAA